AUGGGGAAACAUUUCCACCUGUAUGAGAACAUUUCCAAAGUGAGCCCCUUCGAGGGGCCACAGUAUUACCUGGCCCCUCAGUGGGUGUUUUACCUGCAGACUGCCUUCAUGGGCUUCGUCUUGUUUGCAGGAACACCUUUAAACUUUAUUGUCCUCCUCGUGACACUCAAGUACAAGAAGCUGCGAGUCCCUCUCAACUACAUCCUGGUCAACAUCUCCUUUGCAGGAUUCAUCUUCGUUGUCUUCUCCGUCAGUCAGGUGUUUGUCUCCACCAUGAGGGGCUACUUCUUCCUGGGUCACACCAUGUGUGCCUUGGAGUCUGCCAUGGGAUCUAUUGCAGGACUUGUGACGGCCUGGUCUUUGGCUGUCUUGUCUUUUGAGAGAUACCUGGUGAUCUGCAAACCAUUCGGAGCCUUUAAGUUCGGCAGUAACCACGCUCUGGCAGCUGUUGCCUUUACCUGGUUCAUGGGGAUCAGCUGUGCCAUCCCACCUUUCUUUGGCUGGAGCAGAUACAUCCCAGAGGGUUUGGGCUGCUCCUGUGGACCUGACUGGUACACUCACAAUGAGGAAUUUCACUGCAGCAGCUACACAAACUUCCUGAUGGUGACGUGCUUCAUCGCUCCACUCGGCAUCAUCAUCUUCUCCUACUCUCAGCUACUGGGUGCCCUUAGAGCUGUAGCAGCCCAGCAGACGGAGUCGGCCUCCACCCAGAAGGCAGAGAAGGAAGUUUCCAGGAUGAUCAUUGUCAUGGUGGGAUCCUUCAUCACCUGUUAUGGUCCAUAUGCCCUCGCAGCCCUUUACUUCGCCUACUCAUCGGACGAAAACAAAGAUUAUCGACUCGUCACCAUCCCGGCAUUCUUCUCCAAGAGCUCAUGUGUCUACAACCCACUCAUCUAUGUCUUCAUGAACAAACAGUUUAACGCCUGCAUUAUGGAGAUGGUCUUUGGAAAGAAAAUGGAUGAAUCAUCUGAAGUUUCUUCAAAAACAGAGACGUCUUCAGUGUCUACAGCUUCGUAA